ACCAGCUGUGACUGUCGGCGAAUAACAAAGCACACCCAUAAGCCCCCCUUGUUCUUCUCUCUCUCUAAAAAACUCUUCAACUGUUAAACAUAAGAGAGAGAAAGUGUGUUUUUUUUGUACUUGGUGCUUGUUUUUUCUUAUAGCAUUGGUAACAAAGAUUGAUACUUUCAAUCUUGUUUAUUGUAGUUUCAUAGAAAAAACAUUGAGGGUCAUGCUAUUUUUGUUGCUCAUUGUAUAAAAGUGAGAAAUAUUUUUGAUGGUGUGUUGUUGAAGCAAUGUAGGAGAAGGUUUUUGAACUGUUUGAGGUUGAAAGUGAGGAUUUUGAGAAGUGGGUAAUGGUGUAAGAUUGGUUACUAAAAUUGGGUUUUGUUUUGUUUGGUGAAUUGUGUUGAAUUGAGAGUGAUGGAAUCUAAGAUGGAUCAGUAUGAGAUCAUGGAACAGAUCGGUCGUGGAGCUUUUGGUGCUGCUAUUCUUGUUAAUCAUAAAGCUGAGAAGAAAAAGUAUGUGUUGAAAAAAAUCAGGCUUGCUAGACAGACUGAAAGAUGCAGAAGAUCUGCUCAUCAAGAGAUGGCUCUUAUUGCAAGAAUCAGGCACCCUUACAUUGUUGAAUUCAAGGAGGCUUGGGUUGAGAAGGGUUGCUAUGUCUGCAUUGUCACUGGAUACUGUGAAGGUGGAGACAUGGCUGAACUGAUGAAAAAAUCAAACGGUGCUUAUUUUCCUGAGGAGAAACUCUGCAAAUGGUUCACUCAAUUACUGCUGGCAGUAGAGUAUCUUCAUUCAAACUAUGUUUUACAUCGCGACCUAAAGUGUUCCAACAUCUUUCUUACCAAGGAUCAAGAUAUUCGCCUCGGUGAUUUUGGACUUGCUAAGACACUAAAACAAGAUGAUUUGGCUUCUUCGGUGGUAGGAACUCCGAAUUACAUGUGUCCUGAACUGCUUGCAGAUAUUCCGUAUGGAUUCAAAUCUGAUAUUUGGUCAUUAGGCUGCUGUGUAUACGAGAUGGCUGCUCAUCGUCCUGCCUUUAAAGCGUUUGAUAUGGCAGGAUUGAUAAGCAAGAUAAACCGUUCCUCUAUUGGACCUUUACCUCCAUGUUAUUCUCCUUCGUUGAAAAUACUAAUAAAAGGCAUGUUGAGAAAAAGUCCCGAGCAUCGACCAACAGCAUCUGAGGUGUUGAAGCAUCCUUAUUUGCAACCUUACGUCGAUCAAUACCGUCCAUCUUUCGCUCCUCUAACAGCCUUUUCUCCUGAAAAACCGAUUUCUUCUGCCACUUAUACUAAAAGACAUAUGGCUGAAAGUCAGAACAGUACUAGUUCAAGUAGUGACAAAGACAGUUUACUGUCAAAUGAGAGAAAUAUUGAAACAACAGCGCCGAAGUGUGAUAACAAAGCCACUGAGAUGGAUAUUGCAUUGAUCGAUGAUGAUGGCUCCGAGCAAGAGGUGAUAAAAUCAUCUCAAAAUGAACAGCAUUCUAAUGUUGAAUCUAAACAGCCAAAAACAAUUAGAAAUAUAAUGAUGGCAUUGAAAGAAGGGAAAGGUAGAGAAGCAACUUCUCCGAUGAGAGGCAGUCGUCUAAAGGCUGGUGGAGUAUCAGCGCAGAAAGUAAAUACAGACAUAUCAUCUAAAUUACCUAAACCUACUUUCAUUGCUCCGAGUUUGAAGCCUAAUUUUGAGUCGCCGACUGUUCCACUUGUAAAGGCAUCCCCUGAUUCUUCAAAACGGAUAUAUGGAUCACAUCAGUCAAAACUACAGUUACUGAUGACCGAGCCCUCACCGAAAGUUAAACCGAAACAUGAUAUGACUCCACCAUCUGCUUCUAUCAAACAAGUAGAAGGGGAUGGAGUUCCUCCUAGGCCAAGACAAAGAACUCCUCCAAGCUUACUUCGGCGGCCUACUUUUCCAGGACGAAUGAGGCUGGCAGGGUUUGAUGUUCCAAAUGCAGCGAACGAUAGCGGGAAGCUAGGUCCAAGUAAUACAGACCAGGAAUCUGAGAUGAGCCAUUGUCAUUUGUUCAAUGGAAAUGUACCGCGUAUUUCUAGACCAAUUACUAGAGAACCUCACAAGGCUUUUGAAAGAAAUUCUAAAGCAAUGCAAACAGAGAGUAGUAAUUCUGCCUCGUCUUCGGUUUCUAUUCAGGGAUGUGAACUUGCUGAUGAUGCAACAACUUUUAUUGACAUGAGAGAACAUAUACUUCCUGAUCAUGACAAUGUAACAAAAAGUGUCGGUGUAGACUCACGUCCUGACAGUAGUCCGUCGACAACCUGUUCGCGUUGUACGAUGGCUGAAGAAGCGUCAGAGGAAACCUCUGAAGUCACCCUGAAUUUUCAGAAUACUAUUAGUAAUGAUGAAAAAGUGAGUUCAAAUUUAACACUUGAUCAGCCUGUUGAAAAUUCUAAGAAAAUGUUUGCUUCCGAAGAUAGUCUUCCGAGAAAUCAGACAACUGUAUCUACUGCUUCUAUAUGUGAUGAUAGAUCAGUUGAUAUACCUACUGCUUCUAUGUGUGAUAAUAGAUAUGUUGAUACAUCUACCGAAGUGGCCGAAGAAAUCGAAGGUCUUCGAGAUACUUCUAAUGAAAUGGCUUUAACCAAGUCUCUUAAACAUCCACACUCAGUUUCUGGAGAAAAGUCUAUUUGUGAAGAAGUUGGUUCGGUAAACAAACUCAAUAAUAGACCUGAAACUGUCACCGAUGAUGACAAAUUCACGGUGAAGGAGCGAUUGUCAUUGGUCUCUGAAACUGCUCCUGUAAUUACCUCUACCAAAGCAUCGAGCCAGAAAGUUUUGCAAGAGAAAGGAACUGUAACGCAGAAUCCAGCACAAGAAAGGCCAGAUACUAGUCAUCUUCCUGCAGCCUUUGAUGACGUGAUCCAUGUUAUACGCCAUAGUAGUUACCGCGUUGGGAGUGAUCAGCCGGUAAUGGAAUCGGUUGAAAUGGGAGUUCAGAAUGUCGAUGUUGGCAAGUUUAUCAAUGUUAUGAGGGAUGACAUAGAAAUGAGAAACACAAACCCUCAAAUGACUCUUAAAUCUUCGAAUUCCUCUGAAGCUGAAACCUUGAAAUCUAAUAUAUCUGAUCAGUUGGAGAUGAGAAAUACAAGCACAAGCACCCCUCCUACACUUAAAUCCUCAAGUUUCUCCGAUGCUGCAAGCUUGAAAUCAUCGAGCAUUUCUGAAAAUCCUCAAGAUGUGAGUAACACUGUUUCUUUAGUUUCGGAAUCUGAUUCAUCUGAGCACAGUAAAUGCAACAUGCCUACAACCAAAGACAAACCACCGGAAAAGGAAAUACUUGACGUGAAAUCAUUCAGGCAGAGAGCAGAAGCACUUGAAGAGCUCUUGGAAUUGUCUGCAGAGUUGCUGCAACAUAAUCGAUUGGAGGAACUUCAAGUUGUACUAAAGCCAUUUGGAAAAGAUAAGGUCUCCCCAAGGGAGACGGCGAUUUGGUUAGCAAGGAGUCUUAAGGGAAUGAUGUCCGAGGAAAAUGGAGGACGUUGUUCAUCAUGAGCUUACAGGCGUGUUCGAGGCGGGACUGACCAUAACAAACAAAAACAAAAAAAUCCAAUUGAUUCUCGACAAUUUCGGUGUGGUGAUACUUUACGGUGAAACCGUGCUCUCGGAAGCUGAGGUGCAACAACCUAUACUUUUGGUAAAGAUGAGUAACAAGAGUAUGAAGGUUGACUUGGUAACGACGAAUUCAGCGAAGUUCGUGCAUAAGGUGGUGCAAGAGAAUCUAGUUGAGGAAUGGAACAAAGGGGUGGUGAAUUUUGAUGUGAAGAUGGUUGUUAGAGUUGGAUUUGAAGCUGGAAUAUGGCCAAGCAAGGAAAAGACAUUGUGUGUUUCUUGUGGGGACUUGGAUGUGGAAUUCUAUUCUACAAAAGACACUGGAAAACUAUUGGGUAUUGGGAAGAACUGCAACAUAGUUGAAGCUAAACCAUAGUUAGUUAGUUAUUGAAGAUUGCUUAAUUAUAAGUGGAAUGUUAGCAUAAUCUAACGCUAUUUUUAGUUUUUACACACCACUACUCUUUAUCUUAUUGAAUAAAAUGUACGUGAAAUUGUUAGAAAUCAAGCGAGUGGUUAUAUUCCACAUCGACUUGAAAUGGAGAAAAUGUCGGAUAUACUAGAUAGACGGUCCGUACACCUAGUGUCUUUAGGUUUUUGGGAAAUAUGUGGUGUUAAGGUCUUGUACCAGUCCUGGACGUUUAGUUAACUGCCGCUUCUAAGACUCUGCAACAAAGAUCCUUCAAAUCA